UAUGCUACUGAGUCUGUUGAUAUUUUGAAUGCUUGCCCUGUCAAAUUUUGUACAGAGUCAGUUCAAAUUUGAAGCCGAGGUUGAUAUGUCAUUAACAAUGAAGGAACAAAAAUUAUUGUUUGAUGGUUCAUUGUCCAAUUCAUUAAUUAUUUCAUAUAAUGCUAAAGCAGUUGAUGGUCAGUUGUGUCUUGAAGCAUCGCCAACUGAAGGUCACAGUUCAGUGUUUGCUCACUCACCUCACGCCACUUUGCUUGAGGGGGUAGAGCCAGUCCUCACUACAUCAAUACACAGUGCUCUUCAUUCAUUAGGAGGAAUACAGGUAUCUCCAUUACAUUUAAGUGGAGACUUGCUUUCUGUUAUAUUUGAUUUCUUACGUUAUCUGUCAAAGUCUCCGUAUUCUGAAGAGCUCAUCCAACCAUUAGUGGUGCAGCUGUUGUUUAAUGCUAGUCUCUGGAUCAGGGCCAGUAAGAAGUGUUCCUCUAUUGAGAUCAUCAUCAGUUACUAGUAGGAGAUGUCCUUAUCGUUUCCAGUUCAUUCACUCUAAGGGAGCACUACUGGUACUAUUCUGGGACCUCAUGAUAUCAUUUAGUCAAAAUUUAUUUGUAAAAUUUGCUUUACCCUCUGUUGCCUUCAGUGAUUAUUAUUUUUUCAUAA